AUGCCGCGCGCCGAGGUAGGAUCCACCAAGUACAUCGCCAACCAGAUGAAGGCAAAGGGCCUACAGCGAUUGCGAUGGUACUGUCAAGCAUGCCAGCGCCAAAUGCGCGACGAGAACGGCUUCAAAUGCCAUGUCGCGUCCGAGUCGCACGUCCGGCAGAUGCAGCUCAUCGGCGAAGAUCCCCGAAAAGCGAUCCGCGACUUCUCCAACCAAUUCCUCAAAGACUUCAUCCAACUACUGCGGACGGGCCACGGCGAGAAGAAGGUCAACGUCAACCACUUCUACCAAGAGUAUAUCUCGAACAAGGAACACAUCCACAUGAACGCCACCCGGUGGAACAGCUUGACCGAGUUUGCCAAGUAUCUAGGCAGAGAAGGCAUAUGCCGGGUGGAUGAGGAUGAGAAGAACGAAGCCCGCGGCGGCGCGAGCGCCCUGAUGAUCAGUUGGAUCGACAAUAGCCCCGAAGCGCUGCGGCGGCAAGAGGCCAUCCGGAAGAAGGAGAGACAAGACCGCGGUGAUGAGGAGCGUGAGCAGCGGAUGAUCCAGGAACAGAUCCGCAAGGCGAAGGGCCAGAGUCGGGUUGCUGAAGAUGACGCGGAUGACGACGAGGUACCCGAUGACCAAGCACAGGCCGAGGGCGAAAACCAAGGCAUCAAGCGAAAGGACGGAGAGAAGAUCGUCCUCAACUUUGGAGCGAAGAAGGUAACGCCUGGAGUCGGCCCGACCACGUCGCCGACGCCUCCUCUUUCUGAGAAAGAUGACGAACCCCCUUCCGAGAAGGGAGAGGAGAAGCAGCGCAAGGGCGAGGACACUACAGCACCUUCACCCACUCUGACCCCAUCAGCCACCACACCUCCCGACACGGCAGACACUCUGUCAACACAACCUCCCGCCAAACAACCAUCCAUAUCAAUGUCCUUCGGUUCCACGGCAAGCAAACCCAAAAACGUCUUCGCCGCAGCGUCCAAGAAGAAUCCACUGAAUGGCGCCGCGAAGAAACCCGGCCCGCUGACGGCGCAAAGACCAAUGAGCGAGGCCGAGCGCAUCAUGAAGGAAGAACUCGAGCGCAAACGCCAGCGCGAAACGAAUGGUUUCAAGGGAGGGAACGUCGUCUUCAAGAAGCAGCGGGUUUCGUAG